AUGAGCUUGGCGUUCCUCCAGGGCUAUUCUUCCGCUGAAGAAGAAGAAGAAGCCCAAAAUCACCGCCUCCAUUACCAAAACUCAAACUCGUCGGACGACGACGAAGAUGGUGACCAAAGUCACAAACCCAAAUCCGUCUUUGACUUUCCCAAACCUCCCUCCUCUUCCAUUGCCUCUGGCCUUCCUUCUGCAUCUGAUGUCUUCUCCGAGAUUUGUGGACCGCCCGAUUUCCUCAAUAACUGCGUACAAGAAGACGGUUCAACGAGGGAUGACGGUCCCCAGAAAGGGAGGCAUGGUGCCCGCAACGCCAAACUUCGCAAGGACAAGAAAGAUUUACCUGCUGGUGCUGUAGUGGAGUCCAAAGCUCAGUUAGUUGGAAUCCAUGAACGAGUAAGAAGUGAUUUUGCGGGUAACCAACCUCCAACAUCAAUAGUUACAAGCACGUCUCAAGGUGGCAAGCGUCUGCCAACUGCAACGAAUCCUAGUGCAGAGGAUGCUGCAGAGCUUCUGAGGAUGUGUUUGCAAUGUGGAAUACCCAAGACCUACUCCAAUGCACGGGGAAUGGUCUGCCCAGCUUGCGGUGAUCGUCCUGUAGACACAACCAAUGAUUCCAAGAAGAAGGGAUCUACCAUCAAAGAUAAGGAGAAGAGUAAGAGGAUGAAGGGCCAGUCAUCUCAUGGUACAUGGAAAAGUGAAACUGAAAUGCAGCUUCGGCAGCAGUUUGACUAG